CAUCUUCAUUAUUGCAUUCACGUAUAUUGAAUCUUACAGAGCCUGCUCAUGUACACUUGAUUGUUGGCCCUCAUGAAACUUCAAAAUGCCACAUCUCACCUGGGGCAAUUGAAUUGCUUUUCCAGAAAAUUAGACGUUCAUAUCAACCCGUUUAUGCAAGAAACAUUAAGGAAUUCAACACAUAACUGGGACAUUUUUGCAUAAUUUCAAUCCCCUCAUCUCAAAUCCUGGAAGUCCUAGUCUUGGUGGCUAAAAAGAAAACAUAACAAUUGCAAAAAGAACAAAAUCUUUGAUUAAAAUUAUUCUCUCAUAUUUUUUAAACUUAUAACUAUUAACAAAUAUUUUAGGGAGAAAAUACAACAAAAUACAAAUCAAAAUGGACAACGUAGUUGUUCUUACUAUCACCAUAAUAUUAAGCUACCUACGAACUUCAGAAUAGUAUAGGAUUGGAACUACCUCUUAAGCAGCUUAGAGCUGGUUACCAUCAGUUUGAUUAGAAAUGUUGUGUGUGAAUUUGGAUGUAUAUUGUUCAAUAAGCAUAUCUAGCUUGUCUGCUCUAUCUCGUCCAAGGGGGUCUUUUUUGUUUUUGGCCCUUUUCUUGUUCUGUACAUCGAUAUUUUAUUUCUGUUGAUUUGUUUUAUCCUCAAACUUCAUCUUCUUUGUUCUCACUACAACAUCUUCUUUACGUCCAACCUAGAGGGCAGAAUUAUCGAAACUUUCACUACUGAAGCCGUGAGCAACCUGUUUGGAAGUUAAGCUGGAGCUGGCAUGGUAAGGAAGUAAUAUGGGAUAUGCGGGGUGCUGAAACUACAGAGCAAGGUAAUUGUUCUGUCGUCAGAGGAAGCCCACAAUGUUGUGAGAAAAAGCUCAUGAUUGUUGACCUCCUUCCUGGAAUUUCGUAUAAUAUGCAGACUACAAAUUGCUGCAAGGGUGAAGUGUUGAAAUCCAUGACUCAGGAUCUCGGAAGAUAUGGUGCUUCUUUUGAGAUGGGCAUUGGAAUUGCUUCUGAUGAUGGAUCCAGUCCUCGUAUACCUGAAAAAUUCACACUUGGGAUUCGUAGAUAUACAUGUGGUCAGCCCUUUCCAGUCCCUCCAAGCAAGUUCAGUAUAGAUAAAGGACGUCGAAAGACUAAAGCAGUUGCUACGUGGAGUGUUUCAUUGUCUGUUUUCUACAGCAAAACAAUUGUACCAUGCUCCAUAUGCAGUUGUGGUUGUCAGGGACAGCUUGCUGCAAAUCAAUGUGUGAAGCAGCAGACAAGUUUGCUGCUGCAGCUGGUAGGAACCCAGUAUGCAACCUUGCUCUAAUUGUUGGUACAACUGAUAUACCUGAUUGGUGCUAUUUUGAGGCAUUUGGAAGUGAAGCAAAAUCAAAAUUUAAA